AUGCUAACGCCGAAUAAGACUGCAGCACUCACCACCAGUGCAACUCUUCUGAUGGCCGAGUCUUUCGGGGUCACGCUGGCUUCCAGCGCAGGCUUCACGCUUCCAUCGUCGACCGUUGCACGCGGCGUGGAACUCUUCUUCUCCACCUCGGAGCCGACGGAGAGGCCGUCCUCCUGGUCGGCCUCCGUGGCGCGCCUCCCCCGCUUCUUCCUGCCCCUCUUCCCGCCGUCGCCGGGGCUCCGACGCGACGCCGCGACCACCGUGAGGAGCCGCCCCGGCGCCGGACGAAGCUGA